GGAAGUAGGGUGUGAACUUUGGUUUCUUUGGGAUUAGAAAACUUUCCGAAAGCUGAAGUAGCCGGAGUACUGUGCCAAAGCCAGUACCCAUUUCCAAAUUUGCUUGAAGUCACCGAUUUUUUCUUUAAUACGCAUAUCUUUGGUUUCCAGAAGUCAUGGUUUUGUGUGAGUUCAUUCCGACUCUGGCUUUGAGGGUCCGUGGGAUUCGGAAAACUCCUUGCUGCACCCUAGAGAGUUGUGUUAAGAAGUGCUGCAAGAUGGGUAGAGGAAAGAUUGAGAUCAAGAGGAUCGAGAACACCACCAAUCGUCAAGUCACCUUCUGCAAGCGGAGAAAUGGACUCUUGAAGAAAGCUUAUGAAUUAUCAGUCUUAUGUGAUGCAGAAGUAGCACUCAUCGUCUUUUCCAGUCGUGGACGCCUCUAUGAGUACUCAAACAACAACAUAAAAUCUACUAUAGAGAAGUACAAGAAGGCAUGCUCGGACGGCUCAGGCACGAGCUCUAUGGCCGAAGUAAAUGCUCAGUAUUAUCAGCAAGAAUCAGCAAAGCUGCGGCAACAAAUACAAAUGCUACAGAAUUCUAACAGGCACUUAAUGGGUGAUGCCUUGAGUUCUCUGAGUGUCAAGGAGCUAAAGCAAUUGGAGAACAGGCUUGAACGAGGAAUCACCAGAAUCAGGUCCAAGAAGCACGAAAUGUUGCUGACUGAUAUCGAGUAUUUGCAGAAGAAGGAGAUUGAGCUGGAAAAUGAAAAUAUUUGUCUUCGAACAAAGAUAGCAGAAGUUGAAAGGCUUCAGCAAGCAAACAUGAACAUUUCUGGAUCGGAACUCAAUGCAAUCCAGGCAUUAUCUCGCAAUUUCUUUAGCCCCAUUAUUGUCGAGGGUAGCAGCACCUACGCGCAGCCCGACCAGAAGAUACUCCGUCUUGGGUAAACUGCUGGACGGCAAAUCUGCAAUUGGGAUCGAUGAUCUUAAUAUAAUGCCUAAAUAAAGAUAUCAUAGUCAGCUAUCCGAUUAAUGGUACUGUUUUAAUUUGUACUACGUAAUUAUAUAUAUAUUGGGCUGCAAGGCCAUGAUCUUGAAGUGGCACUUUUCUCUAGCUUGCAAUAUUGUUAAUGGGUACCUGCAUAAGAGUUGGUAGAAUGCCAAUAUCGCAUCUACUGUACUUGAAAACCAUAUCGAUUAUGUAUUAAGUACUUUUGCGUAAUGCUUGUCAAUUACAUGUUAA